AUGCCGUCGUCCACGGCCGCCGAACUCACAGCCGUCCUCCAGGGCGCGGCGGCGGUUCCCGAGACGGACAGCACGAUAGCCACGAGGGCACACUACGCGCCGCCAUGGGCCGACGUCAGCAUCAUUGGCAUCGCGGGGAGCUCCGGGUCCGGCAAGUCGACGCUGUCGCAUGCCAUUGUAAAGAAGCUGAACCUGCCUUGGGUGGUUAUUUUGUCUAUCGACUCAUUCUAUAAGAGCCUGGACCCGGAAUCUUCCCGGAAGGCGUUCCGGAAUGAGUACGACUUUGAUGCGCCCGAUGCGAUCGAUUUCGACGCCUUAGUAGACCGCCUGCGGGACCUCAAGGCUGGCAAACGGGCCGAGAUCCCGGUGUACUCGUUCGAGAAGCAUGCCCGAGUAGACAAGACCACAUCCAUUUACUCGCCCCAUGUUUUGAUCCUGGAGGGCAUCUUUGCACUAUAUGAUCCCAGGGUGCUUGCGCUCAUGGACAUGAAGAUCUUCUGUGAAGCCGACGCAGACACCUGUCUUUCAAGAAGGAUACUGCGUGACCAGCGGGACCGUGGGCGAGAUAUUGAAGGCAUCAUCAAGCAGUGGUUUGCCUUUGUGAAGCCAAACUUUGAGAAGUUUGUCGAUCCCCAACGGAAAGUGGCCGACAUCAUCGUCCCACGUGGCGUCGAGAAUCAUGUUGCCAUGUCGAUGGUGGUUCAGUUCAUCCAGCAAAAGCUGCUCGAAAAGUCGACACACCACCGCGCGGCCCUGACCCGCCUAGAAAUCGGAGCACAGUCGGAGCCGCUUUCGGAGAAAGUAACGGUGUUGAACCAGACGCCGCAAAUGCAGGCCAUGAACACCAUCAUCCACAACAUCGAUACGCCGAGCGAGGACUUUAUCUUUUACUUUGACCGCCUCAGUGCGCUUCUCAUAGAGCAAGCACUCAACAACAUCCCCUUCACACCCUCCUCCAUCGCCACCCCGCAAGGGCUCACCUACGCCGGGCUGCGUCCCAAGGGCGAGGUAUCUGCCGUUAUCGUGCUUCGCGGCGGGGCUGCCCUGGAAGCCGGGCUACACCGGUGCAUUACGGACUGCAAGACCGGCCGGAUGCUAGUGCAAAGCAACGUGCGGACGGGCGAGCCGGAGCUGCACUAUCUGGUGCUGCCGCCCGACAUUCACCAGCACGAGGCAGUGCUGCUCCUAGAUGCGCAGAUGAGCAGCGGCGGCUCGGCACUGAUGGCCGUGCAGGUGCUGGUCGACCACGGCGUGAAGGCCGAACGCAUUGUGCUAGUCACGUACAGCGCAGGUAGGAUGGGUCUGCACCGGCUCACCAAGGUGUUUCCGGAGUUGGCGGUCGUCGGUGUAGCGGCGACAACCGCAAAUGCGACUACAGCAACGGCUAGGGCAACGACUGCAACUCAGCCAAAGCCGCUUUUCCCCGCGCCGUUAGUUCUCGCGCGCCACCUGUCCGGCAAGCCGCUCCCACAACGAAAGUCGAGGCUCCUCAACUUUGGGUACCGCGCUGCCGCUGUGUUCGGGAGCACCGUGGUCGUACUGGGACUGGGAGUGGUUGGUUUCUUCCUAUACGAUGCCUCGACGUACCACCUGCACUCGAGCCAGAUGGACGUCGAUAUUGCGGCGCUAGCGAUCAGCCCGCGGCGUGGCGGCCCCAAGAACCUCCCGAUCCUCGAGUCGUACAUCGACGAUGACGACACCGAAGAGAUGCGCCGGCAAAAGAACAAGCCCCGGCUCGUGGUCCUCGGCGGGGGGUGGGGAGGGGUAGCGCUACUGAAGGAGCUGGCGCCGGAGAACUACCACGUCACGGUCAUCUCGCCGACGAAUUACUUCUUGUUCACGCCGAUGCUGCCGUCGGCGACGGUGGGCACGCUCGGGCUGCGGUCCUUAGUGGAGCCGAUCCGGCGGAUCAUACACAACGUCGGCGGCCACUUCCUGCUCGCACGCGCCGAGGAGGUCGAUUUCUCGGCGCGGUUGGUCGAGGUGGCGCAAAGGGAUGCCAACGGGGUCGAGCAGAGGUUCUACGUGCCGUACGACAAGCUGGUGAUGGCAGUCGGCUCCGUCACGAACCCGCAUGGUGUCAAGGGGCUGGAGCACUGCCAUUUCCUCAAGGACAUCAACGACGCACGGGAGAUCCGCAACAAGGUUAUCCACAACCUGGAGCUGGCCUGCCUGCCGACCACGGUAGAUGAGGAGCGUAAGCGGCUACUAUCGUUCGUGGUCAGCGGCGGCGGGCCGACGGGCGUCGAGUUCGCGGCCGAACUAUUCGACCUGCUCAACGAGGAUCUGAUCCACCUCUUCCCGCGGCUCCUGCGCAACGAGAUCUCGGUGCACCUCAUCCAGAGCCGUGACCACAUCCUCAACACGUACGACGAGACGCUGUCCAAGUACGCCGAGGACCGCUUCGCGCGCGACCAGGUCGAGGUGCUGACCAACUCCCGCGUGAGCGAGGUCCGGCCGGAGUCUAUCGUGUUCACCCAGAAGGACGGGAAGGGGAACGUAGUCACCAAGGAGCUCCCGAUGGGUUUCUGCCUGUGGUCCACGGGCGUGUCCCAGAACGAGUUCUGUAAGACGGUCGCACAUAAGCUCGGCAGUGCGCAGACCAACCGUCAUGCCCUGGAGACCGACACGCACCUGCGUGUCAACGGCACACCCCUCGGCGACGUAUAUGCCAUCGGUGACUGCGCGACCGUGCAGAACAACGUCGCGGACCACAUCGUGACUUUCCUCCGUUCCCUGGCCUGGAAGCACGGCAAGGACCCGGAGAAUCUGCAGCUGCACUUCUCCGACUGGCGCAAUGUGGCCGAGCAGGUCAAGAAGCGCUUCCCGCAAGCCGUCGGCCACCUCAAGCGCCUUGAUAAGCUGUUCGCCGAGUACGACCGCGACCAGUCGGGCACGCUCGAGUUUGGCGAGCUGCGUGAGCUGCUCAAGCAAAUCGACAGCAAGUUGACCAGCCUGCCGGCUACCGCCCAACGCGCGCACCAGCAGGGACAGUACCUCGCACACAAGUUCAACAAGCUGGCGCGGGCCACGCCAGGCCUGCAGGCGAACGAGAUCGUUGAGGGGGACCUCGACGCGGCCGUGUACAAGGCGUUCGAGUACAAGCACUUGGGCAGCCUAGCGUACAUCGGCAACUCGGCCGUGUUUGAUCUAGGCAAAGGUUGGGGGAUGGCGGGCGGUCUAUGGGCCGUGUAUGCGUGGCGGAGCAUCUACUUUGCGCAGAGCGUCAGCUUCCGGACGAGGGUGUUGAUGGCGAUGGACUGGGCAAAGCGGGGGCUGUUUGGGCGAGAUCUAAUGAGCUACUAA